UUCCAUCAACAGAUGGCGUUUUGUUUACGAUUUGAGUUGUGGGUUUUUAUGCGUUUGACUCGUUAAAAUCAAUUCCUCGAUUUUUUGUUUUUGUUUGUUCCCUUAUUUUUAUUAAAAUGUCCAUUUGAAUAGCAUAAUGAGCUCAGAAGAACAGAGCCUCCAUCAUCUAAGUAAUAAUUUCCCCGGGCAGCUGUCUGAGUGCCGGCUCUGCUGCCGGUCCAACGAGACGUGUAUCGAUUUAUCUGCUGUUGCAGAUGUUAUUCCUCUCAGUUAUAUCCAGAAAAACAUAGGAAUUAAGUUGAAAUUCAAUACCCCUAAUUUUAUUUGUAAACAGUGCACACAGCAGAUCCUUGAUUGGCAAAAAUUUGUUAGGUCCUGCACAGAAGCUCAGUCAGUUGCCAAAGAUCGACAAAAUUACAUCAAAGAGGCUACUGAACAAGCAAAUGAAAGACCACACCUACUUGCUGAUGAAACAAUACAAAAUAACAUGACAGGAGAGAAGGAUUCAUCUCAGGAGAAUGGCCUGUCGACAAUUCCAGAUAAGAGAUCCCGUUUUACGCUAGAAUACCUGGAGCAAAAGAUAGGCAGAGUGCUCAAAUCAGAAGAAAUUGAUCAGUUGAAAAAAUGUAUAGACAAAGGUGACGACAGAGGCAUAUUUUCCUUCCUGUUUGGAAGUGGAAACAACCAAACGUGGCCUUGUCAGCUGUGUGAUGAGAUAAUUAAAGGGACCAUGAAACAAGUUGCCAAACACUACGCACAAGAACACCAAGCCAGCCCAUUGUACCCGUGUCAGCUGUGCGGUAAAGUCAUCAAGUCUAGCCAUACUUACAAAAGACACCGCACCGCCCAUCUGUCAGAGUACAAAUGCCCGUCUUGCGACAAAGUCUUUCAGGACCGUUCCAAACUUUUGGCUCAUAAAGUGGCUCAUUCCGACAACAGACCUCACGUUUGCGGCGAAUGCGGAAAACAGUACAAGUUGGCCUCGCAUCUCAAGUCUCACAUGUCCCGUUCACAUUUACCCGAAUCCGACCGGUUAGCCUUCACCUGCGAAAUCUGCGGGAAACGCUUCUCUGCCAAGGGCAAUCUAACCACGCAUGUUCAAACCACCCAUUCGGAUUCCAAACCUUACGUUUGCGAUCUUUGCGGCAAAGGUGUCAAGACCAAACAAGCUCUCCAGUUUCACCUCAAUUCGCACAAUGGUGUCAAGCAAUUUAGCUGUGGAAUAUGUUUCAUGUCUUUCACGUCGCGGUCCAGCAUGGCGUCGCACACCCGCCGACACACGGGGGAGAAACCGUACCCUUGCAAACAAUGCAAUAAAACCUUUACUUCCAGUUCGGCAAGGAGUAGCCACAGGCAACACGUUCACGCGACUUCCCGCCAGCACGUUUGUCCACACUGCAGCAAAUCUUUCAAAGUCUUACGAGACUUGAAAGUUCAUUUGUCGAUUCACGUGAACGGGGAGAAGCCUUACGUCUGUGACACUUGCGGCAAAGCCUUCCGAGUCGCAGCCAAUUUUUACGCUCACCGUAAGACGCACCGCAAAGCUGUCGAGAAAAUAUCGCUGGAUGCAGCCGUGGCUGAGAUCGGCCAAUUCAUUGAGGAACAGCAGCAACAAGAAGAGCAGCAGCAGCCGGCCGAAGAGGUGGAACAAAUUCACACGCUACAAAUGGCACAGCCGAGAUUGAACGACGCCCUGAGUCAAGCCAUUCAAGAACAUUUGACUCAAUCGUGUCUCGUGGUUGGCGGAGAUUUCAGCAACGAUCCGUCUGCAAGUGCUUCCAUGCUUAAUCCAUAUUCAGCUGGGAUAGGGACCACCUCUGACGGUCUGGAUUAUGCAACCAUUCAUCCAGACGAACAAUCAUCCACGCCGGGCUAUUUAAAGUCCAUCCUCAUGGGUCAAUUUGACGACAAGGAUUAGCUUAACGUUGAUUGCAAUUUUUCAUUUGUUUUCUUUUGGCUGUUAUCGGAACUAUAGUUUUUAAAAAAUAUCUAAUUUGUUUACAUUGAAAUAAGUUGUAUUACAUUUAGUAGGCUACUUGAA